AUGGGUGUGGUGACAGGAAUAGCAGUCUCAGCAUAUGCAGAUGAUGUUUCUGUGAUGGUCAGGGAUGGGCAAGAUAUGCAGGAACUAGAGACCAGUCUGAAGGUGUACGAGGGAGCUUCAUCAGCUAAGGAUGACUACUUCAAAAGCUGGGGUCCUGCCAAGCCAAUCGACCAAGAGACAGAGGUGAGGCCCGGGAGACAUGGGGGACCUGGAACCAAAGUCCACUCCAACCCAGGGAAGAGGAGAACAGAGGAGGCUCUGGACGCCACUAAAAACCCAUGUGUGAAGGUGCGCUGCCCUCCUCACAGAGUGUGUGUCAGCCACGACUUUCAGACAGCCAUCUGCACCAACACCAACGACAAGCAGUCUGCACACAGUGUGAAACCGAGGAAAGGAAGCUUGGCCCACAAACACAGGGCAGGGGCCCAUGGGAAGUGUAGGCCAUGCCCUGUCAUCCACCCCAGCCCUGUGUGUGGAUCUGAUGGACACACCUACUCCUCUAAGUGUACGCUGGAGUUCCAGGAGUGUAAGUCAGGGAAGAACAUCGCUCUGAAGUGUGGGGGACCGUGUCCGUGUCUGCCUGAUCUGGACCUGGUCAAACCACACAGCCACAAAACAGAGAAGAGCGUCUGCAGUGAUGAGGACCUGCAUAGCCUAGCAUCCAGACUGAAGGACUGGUUCGGAGUUCUCCACCUCGACGCCAACCGAGACCUCAAAUCCUCCGCCAACUCUGAUUCAGCGGCAGGACGUUUUGACACCAGUAUCUUGCCCAUCUGUAAGGACUCUCUGGGUUGGAUGUUCAACAAGCUGGACAUGAACUAUGACCUCCUGCUGGACCAAUCAGAGCUCAGCGCCAUCUACCUGGACAAGUAUGAGCUGUGUAUGAAGCCCCUGUUCAACUCCUGCGACUCUUUCAAGGAUGGGAAACUGUCCAACAACGAGUGGUGCUACUGCUUCCAGAAACCUGAUGGUCUGCCCUGCCAGAAUGAGAUGAACAGGAGUCAGGGUCGGAGGAACACUGUCAUAGGGGCCUAUAUUCCACGCUGUUCUGAGGAGGGUUACUUUAAGCCAACCCAGUGUCAUGGCAGUACUGGACAGUGUUGGUGUGUGGACAAAUACGGCAACGAGAUCGCCGGCUCCAGAAAACAGGGCAACCCCACCUGUGAGGAGGACCAAGAGACCUCGGGGGAUUUUGGCAGCGGGGGCGCCGUCAUUCUCCUUGAUGACCAGGAGGAGGAGCCAGCUCAGAGUGGGAGGAGCCAGCAGAAGCAGAGGCGGGGCCGGAUCCAUCCCAGAGGGGCCAUUGAGGAUGACGAGGACGAGGAAGAUGACAAAGAUGACGAGAUUGGCUACAUCUGGUAGCUCCGUCCCCACCUGUUCUCCCAUCAACCAACCAGGGACCCCCGUUAACUCUGAACAAACCUGAAGCCAUUCCAGCGUCUCCUUCGUACCCCUCAGCAUCAACUCUGUGUUCAACUGACUAUCCCCUCCUCUAUGCCUCUUGUUCACCUUGAAACUUUCUCUCUGCUACUCAACCUUCAUAUAGUGUGUCCCUCCUACUCUCCUUUAGAGAAUAGAGACGUAUUCAAUUCAAACAAAGACUGUCUAGUCUCUUUUAAUGUGUGUCCCUCUGCUACUGCAUUUGUCCUCAAAACCUUCAACCAUAGACUGACACAUUGCUAUAUCCUCUCUCUCUCUUUCUUGCUCUUACUCCCUCUCUCAUCUCCCCGUUCUCUCUCUUUAUCUGUAUCUGUGUGUCUCUGAGAGUCUCUUGUCUGACUGUGAGGUCAGAGACAAGUUUGAAGGCGAGAUCCUAUGGUGUUUUCUGGCCCUUCUGUCAAAGACUCCAUGUUCCGCUCCCGGCCUCACCUCUCAUGUUCUAGAAUACCAUAUUCUCUGGUUCUAGAAUAUUCUAUAGGCUCUUUGGUCGAGAAUAACGUUCUUGCUGUUAUUGAAUGCUCCAGGGUGCCCUAGAACCAGAAAGAGUGAUGAUGUGUUACUUUUUGUUGCAUGUUCCCUGACUACGCCCCUGUGGAAAGAGAAGUUUGGGUGGCAAGAUACACUGAGUGUACAAACAUUAAGUAUACUUUCCUAAUGGUGAGUUGCACCCCGCCCUUUUACCCUCAAAACAGCCUCAAUUUGUCAGGGCAUGGACUCUACAAGGUGUCGAAAGCGUUCCAUAGGGAUGCUGGCCCAUGUUGACUCCAAUACUUCCCACAGUUGUGUCAAGUUGGCUGGAUGUGCUUUAGGGUGGUGGACCAUUCUUGAUACACACGGGAGCGUGAAAAACCCAGCUGCGUUGCAGUUCUUGACAUAAACCGGCGGCCUGGCACCUUCUACCACCGCCUUCUACCCUGUUCAAAGGUUUGUUUUUCCCAUUCACCCUCUGAACGCCACACAUACACAAUCCAUGUCUCAAUUGUCUCAAGACUUAAAUUCCUUCUUUAACCGGUCUCCUUCCCUUCAUCUACACUGAUUGAAGUGGAUUUAACAAGUGACAUCAAUAAGGGAUCAUAUCUGGAUUCACCUGGUCAGUCUGUGUCAGGGAAAGAGCAGGUGUUCCUAAUGUUUUGUCCACUCAGUGUAUAACUCUCUAUGUAUCCUGUGUCCAUUGUUGGAAAAUGACCUGUAAGUAAGAAUUUCACUGUUAGUCUACACCUGUUGUGUACGAAGCAUGUGACAAAUAAAAUGUGAUUAGAUGUUGAUUUGACCAUGCCCAUACUGGUUGCUGUAGUGCUCUCUCCCCUUGCCCAUAUUGGUUGCUGCAGUGCUCUCUCCCCUUGCCCAUAUUGGUUGCUGCAGUGCUCUCUCCCCUUGCCCAUAUUGGUUGCUGCAGUGCUCUCUCCCCUUGCCCAUAUUGGUUGCUGCAGUGCUCUCUCCCCUUGCCCAUAUUGGUUGCUGCAGUGCUCUCUCCCCUUGCCCAUAUUGGUUGCUGCAGUGCUCUCUCCCCUUACCCAUAUUGGUGGCUGCAGUGCUCUCUCCCCUUGCCCAUAUUGGUGGCUGCAGUGCUCUCUCCCCUUGCUGUCUCAAUGCUGUGCAGUCUUUAUUUCAUGCUUCCUCUUCCAAUUUAGCUUUAAAAGUUCAAAACCAUGUUGUCAGCCACUUACUAAAUAGCAACCACUCUCUUCAGCUUGAAAGCUUUGAUAAUGACUUUUUUUCCAGCUAGUUUUGUACUUCUGUUUCAGUUGGAGGCACUUAGUCUGUGGAACUACAGAACAGAGAAAUCUAAUUGUGGUCACACAAAGAGCCCUGCCAUUAUUCAGACCUUUUUCAAACCCUCCCAAAUCCAGCCUGCAGAUUUAGAAACGGACACAAAGAGAAAAUGCUUUUAAGGGUUCGCUUUGGGGGGGAAUAAACACAGCUAGAAGCAGAGUCAGUCUGUUAAAAAGAACAUAGUGUAAUAGUUGUGUUUGUCAUAGAGUUUUUUUCUGUAACCAUUGGUGUGUACUGCUGACUGAGGAAGUGGAACAUUCUAUAACUUCUAUUCUAAAUAAGCUCCUGCUUUUUUUCAGAAUAUUCUGCGUGGUAAUCAAGUGAGGUCAGUUAUCUUAAUGUAUCUAGCCCACAAACCCAGAUGAGAUAGGCUUAACCUAUAAGGUAGGCUUUUGAACAGUUAAGCCUUACUCUGGAACAGUAUCAGCACACCCACACAAUACUCAGUGGCAUUCCACUUUGAUAAUGACAGGCCUUGGAUGAUCGGACAUAUAUAUUUGCGGGUCUGAGCUGGGCACUAUUUUAUCAGUUGUCAGUACUGUAUUUGUAAGGCUUGUGUUUCAUUGGUCUUGUGAUGCAGCGUAAUGAUACAUUGCUCUUGCUUUGGCGUGCUUUGGCCAGCGGGAACACAUCUUGAACGGAUCUUUGAUUAAAGUGUGAGACUCUUGUGAUUGACACUUUGGCUUAUCCCUUGCGAAAAAAGAUUCCAGUCAGUGUGCAGUAUAACUGUUUUUUUUUUACUACAGUAAUUUAGCAAUUUAACUGCAGUUACAGUGCAGUACAUUGCAGUUAUUCUGCAAUUACUGCGUCCAAAAUACCACAGUUGACUGCACUUACUACAAGUUGCAGUUUUCAAUCUUUUUUUGAAAGGGAUGCAGCACUGACUAAAGCUUCACACAAUACAUCACUGAGCUCUUCUACUCUUCAGCCAAUCAGUUGGCACCACUGAUGUUUCAAUCUGUAAAAUAUAAGUGUAGUUCCAGGCAGGCACACAGCUAAUAUCACGACCUAACGCUGAUUGCUCACAUUCAAAUCUCCCACUCUCUCACUCUUCCUCUGCUCCCUCUCACAGCCUUCCACUCCCUCUAGCUCCCCCCCUCUCUCCAUGCUCAUCUUCACUAUCAUUUUGUCACUCGCUUAUUUUCCCUAUUUUUCUCCCUCUCUCUACCCUCAUCUCUCUCACUCUCUCCUCUGUUUUUCACACUGGGAGAAUGUGUGAGGGAGUUUUAUAGCCAUGGCGCUCCUCUCUUUCGUUUCCCUUAUUUUGUUUUUUAUAGCUCAGAGAUGUCUCCCCUGCGAGGCUGCCGUAUCGCUCGCUGCAUUGUCUCUCAGCCCAGAGUCUCUGUGGAGACGAGUAAUGCACACCAUGAUUGGGCGGAAUGGGGGUUGUUGGUAAUGGGUGGUCAUUUGACACCCGUAGAAUCAACCUUUCAUCUCACUCCAAGAUGAAAGACAGAAAGAGGAACUCAGGGGAAGAAAUUUAUGCUUUUGGGUUUUGGGCAUUCUUUCUCUUUCCCUCAAAUGUAUAUUUUUCUCAAAUGCCCAUCCUUCCUUUUUGUUCUCUGUUCUUAUUUGUUCCUUCCUUCCCCCUCUCUCUCCUUCCCCCUCUCUCUCCUUCCCCCUCUCUCUCCUUCCCACUCUCUAACUAUUUCCAUGUCCCUCAACCAUAACAAUAUACAGUUGAAGUCAGAAGUUUACAUACACCUUAGCCAAAUACAUUUAAACUCAGUUUUUCACAAUUCUUGACAUUUAAACCCAGUAAAAAUUCCCUGUUUUAGGUCACUUAGGAUCACCACUUUAUUUUAAGAAUGUGAAAUGUCAGAAUAAUAGUAGAGAGAACGAUUUAUUUCAGCUUUUAUUUCUUUCAUCACAUUCCCAGUGGGUCAGAAGUUUACAUACACUCAAUUACUAUUUGGUAGCAUUGCCUUUAAAUUGUUUAACUUGGGUCAAACGUUUCAGGUAGCCUUCCACAAGCUUCCCACAAUAAGCUGGGUGAAUUUUGUCCCAUUCCUCCUGACAGAGCUGGUGUAACUGAGUCAGGUUUGUAGGCCUCCUUGCUCGCACACGCUUUUUCAGUUCUGCCCACACAUUUUCUAUAGGAUUGAGGUCAGGGCUUUGUGAAGGCCACUCCAAUACCUUGACUUUGUUGUCCUUAAGCCAUUUUGCCACAACUUUGGAAGUAUGCUUGGGGUCAUUGUCCCUUUGGAAGACCCAUUUGUAACCAAGCUUUAACUUCCUGACUGAUGUCUUGAGAUGUUGAUUCAAUACAUCCACAUAAUUUUCCUGUCUCAUGAUGCCAUCUAUUUUGUGAAGUGCACCAGUCCCUCCUGCAGCAAAGCACCCCCACAACAUGAUUCUGCCACCCCCGUGCUUCACGGUUGGGAUGGUGUUCUUCGGCUUGCAAGUCCCCCCCUUUUUCUUCCAAACAUAACGAUGGUCAUUAUGGCCAAACAGUUCUAUUUUUGUUUCAUCAGACCAGAGGACAUUUCUCCAAAAAGUAUGAUCUUGUCCCCAUGUGCAGUUGUAAACUAUAGUCUGCCUUUUUUUAAAUAGCGGUUUUGGAGCAGUGGCUUCUUCCUUGCUGAGCGCCCUUUCAGGUUAUGUCGAUAGAGGACUCGUUUUACUGUGGAUAUAUAUACUUUUGUACCUGUUUCCUCCAACAUCUCCACAAGGUCCUUUGCUGUUGUUCUGGGAUUGAUUUGCACUUUUCUCACCAAAGUACGUUCAUCUCUAGGAGACAGAAUGAGUCUCCUGCCUGAGCGGUAUGACGGCUGCGUGGGCCCAUGGUGUUUAUACUUGCGUACUAUUGUUUGUACAGAUGAACAUGGUACCUUCAGGCUUUUGGAAAUUGCUCCCAGGGAUAAACCAGACUUGACAAGCAAAGAGGCACUGAGUUUGAAGGUAGGCCUUAAAAUACAUCCACAGGUACACAUCCAAUUGACUCAAAUGAUGUCAAUUAGCCUAUCAGAAGCUUCUAAAGCCAUGACAUAAUUUUCUGGAAUUUUCUAAGCUGUUUAAAGGCACAGUCAACUUAGUGUAUGUAAACUUCUGACCCACUGGAAUUGUGAUACAGUGAAUUAUAAGUUAAAUAAUCUGUCUGUAAACAAUUAUUGGAAAAAGUACUUGUGUCAAGCACAAAGUUGAUAUCCUAACCGACUUGCCAAAACUAUAGUUUGUUAACAAGAUAUUUGUGGAGUGGUUGAAAAAAAUAGUUUUAAUGACUCCAACCUAAGUGGAUGUAAACUUCCGACUUCAACUGUAUAUAUGUGUAUUUAGUAACAACUUUUGGGUGAUUUCCUGUAUCGAUCACAACAUUAACUCAUCUGGUCACUGCAUCACCUCUGACCUCUCACCUCUGACCCUGAUAUUGAUUGGUUCUUUGUUGAUCUCGUCAAUAACAUGCAUGAUGACCCUUUCGUUUUUUACCCUUUGCAUCUUCAACUCUGACCUCUCUGUGUGUACAUCAGCCAGAGAGACAAUAAAAAUUCCACUAACACAAUACACACACACGCACACACACACACACACACACACACACACACACACACACACACACACACACACACACACACACACACACACACACACACACACACACACACACACACACACACACACACACACACACACACACACACACAGACUGUAACAUACUUGUAACAUGUGUAUAAAGUCAUCUCUUUCCGAAGCAGUGUAAGGCUCCUUUUUUGAUCCUGCCAUCAAUCUGGCCUUGACCUUUGCCCUCUCAUGAUGUCCUUAGUGACCCUUGCCCUGUCCUGAUGUCACUGCUGUCCCUCCCUUGCCUGGCCUACUUGUGUACUUGUGUACAAAGCUGAGUAACCCUAGUUGCUCAAACGUCUACAAAAGCGCAAUAACAAAAGCGCAAUAAAUGAGAAGGGAAUGGUCCUUCUCAUUUCCAACCUCCUGUAUUAGACAGUUACUGAACUGUCCUCAGACACACACACACACACACACACACACACACACACACACACACACACACACACACACACACACACACACACACACACACACACACACACACACACACACACACACACAGUUCUAGUAUGACAGCUCCGCUAGUCCAAACAAACACAUAAAUGGCCAUAUUUGCUAAAGUCUUCUUUGUUAAUUCUAUAUAUUUUUUACUUUGUAAAGAGAAAAAAAUACUAUGUGAAAGGGGUGUAAUAUAUUGCCAUGUGAAGGCACUGUGGCUUUGUCCAGUUGCAUUUAACAGACUAUGGUGUGUAAAUCAAUUGUCCUUAAUGUAGCUAGAUUCAUGUAGCUCUUUCCAUAGAAGCAUAGUGUAGUGAGUUCUUCAGUGUCUUAUUUUUCCCCUUCUGGAGCUAUAAUGGAAUGUUGAUGUUAUGGGCUGAAAAUAUCUUGAUUUUAUUGUAACAGUUCCACAAUGUUUGUCUGAAUAAAUUUAAGUCUGUCCUGUCCUGUA